AUGGACACAAGCUACCUCACCACGCAGGUCACUACCAUCAUUGGACAGUUACAUGCCAUCUUCGACGAGAUUGGCGUACCGCGAAAUGAGCGCGAAUCAAGAGAAACAGAAUUAUUUGCAGCUCUAUCAGAAACGCUCCACAACCAGCUUCGACUCGUUAAUUCCGAGAAGACUGCCAUGACCGAAGAAGCUCAGAACAUCAUCAAAACGAUCAAGCAGAUGGAACAGUCGCUGGACGACGAGAAGGACAGAGGCUAUGACCUGGAGACGAACGGACUUCGAAUCACCUACCCACUCCUCGAUUGUCUCCGCGACCUCAAAGAGAAAUACAAUGUAGUCAGCAGGCUACACCGGGAGCGCUUUGAGCAAGUAAAGAAACUGGUUGAAGCACUAGAAUCAUACUCGUCGCAUCUCGAGUCCUCCUUUGUCAAGAUCAGACUGCCCCCAACCUCGUCGAAUACAUGCCCGCCCAAUUUCGACCUUUCCCCGUCAUAUGUCACAACCCUCGACGAAGAGUUCACCAGAGUCUAUGAUGAAUACAACCGGAGGGUGGCACUGGUUCAGCAGACCUCCGAAGAGAUUGUCAGAUUGUGGUCGGAAUUGGGCAUUCCUCAAGCGCAAACAGAUUCCCUCAUCGUCCAAAAUUAUCGAGAUUCGCCGGAACAGCUUGGACUGCACCAAGCAGAUAUGGACCGACUGAAGAACCGCCGAGACAAGCUACUUGAUGAGAAGAAGAACCGUGAGAGGCGACUUGCCGACGUCAAGAAGAGUAUUGAGAUACUGUGGGACCGGCUUGGAAUUGAGGCAGCCGAUCGCAAGGCCUUUCUGGCUGCAAACAGAGGUUGCGGCCUCCGAACCAUCAAUGAAUUCGAAGACGAGCUUGCGCGGCUCAACGAACUCAAAAGACAAAAUCUGCACCUGUUUGUCGAAGAUGCUCGUGUCAGACUCCAAGAGCUCUGGGAUGCAUUGUAUUUCUCCGAGGAAGAGAUGCUGGAAUUUACCCCUGCUUUUUCGGACGUUUAUAGCGACGCUCUGUUAUCAGCCCACGAAGCCGAAAUCGAACGAUUGACGACGCUGAAAGACCAGCGAGCACCGAUACUGGCCAUGGUCGAGAAAUACAGAUCGAUCGUCGCUGACCGCGAGGCGCUCGCAGCAUCUGCGAACGAUGCAACGAGACUCAUGCUGAAGCCUCAGAAAGGAGAAAAGCGUGACCCAGGGAAGUUGCUCAGGGAGGAGAAGAUGAGGAAGAGGAUAGCAAAAGAGCUGCCAAAGGUCAUCGCUGAAUUGACGAAGGUCCUGCAGAAGUACGAGGAUGAAUAUGGUCGACCCUUCCUGAUUCAGGGUGAGAGAAUGCUGGAUGACCUCGAGGUGGAAGCAGAAGUAAAGGCACCACCACCGCGGUCUAAAACACCGAACGGCCUGCCACCAAGAUCAAAGACUCCUGCGCCCCCGACGACGAAUAAGACAGCAGCAAGUACCGCAAAGUCCGCACAGCCACCUCGACCUGCUAGUGUCGUGCGAGGGCCGCCACCGCGCACACAUACAAAGACGCCCAGCACCUCCAGCAGGCCUGCCACUAUCAGGCCACAAGCCGCCCCAGCAUCUGCACCCUCUCACGCAGCACCUUCGAUACCACCCAAAUCACCUUCGAAGAUACCCAGCCGCGUCCCAUUAGGAUCGCUGAAGAACUCGCCAGAACGGCGCGCCAUUCCUCAACCUGCCUCUCACCACACUCAGCCUGAACCACAACAGAACUAUGCCCAGAGCGCGAGGAGCAUGCCACCCCCUCGAGCUCCGCCGCCGAGGAUGCGGGACCUUUUCGUACCGCCUCCAGAAACCACGCCCAACCCUGUAAUGACCUCUCAGCCCGUACCACUCUCAUCAGCCCGGCCGGCAAGUACCAUAUCUUCCGGCUCGAACGAAAGCAGUCGCUACGUCCGUCCGAUGAGCCCCGAAGACGUCUACACCGACCACGAGAGAAUGUCCUAUAUGUCCGCUUCAAUACUCAGUCACAACCGCCAACAACAACACCAAUAUGCGUCUCUGCCAUCGCACCAAGCAGAUCCCUACUACCAACCUCACCUCUCCCAACAACAUCAUCAUCCUUCUCACUCCUCAUCAGCGCCAAUACACAGCAGCAGCCACUCACAAAGCGUACGACAUAAUCCCUCAGCACCACCAUCCACAGUCAUAUCACGCCAAGCUUCAAACACCUCGUCAAACAUGACGACAGGCACGACGGCGAGCGGGAGUGAAAACUGGGAGACUUAUUCCGAUGCGUCGGAGAUGGAACCCGAGCGAGAUAUCCGCGAACAAUACUACUCAAAACCACACGCCCAACAACCGACCUUGACGUCGACCCCGCUAGCCCUGAGCCAUAGCAUGAACGGCCAUAACCAGAAGAGACCCCUGAGCGCUGCAAUACCAGGCUCGAUGGCCCCACCGCCAGCUAAGCAUCACCAGCAUACAGGGCCGACUGGAUUCCACGAUUCGCAGUAUGGAGUUGCGCACGGGCAAGGGCAAGAACGGUUCCGCGAGAUGAGUGACGAGAAUGCCCAUUCAGGGGUUAGGGUCGAGGGCAGUGAUGCCGCGUGGAGUACCGAGUUGGAGGAGUCGUAUUGA